AUGACGAGGCUCGAAGACGAGAUCAGGGGCCGGCUUGCUGGCGAGUUGCGCUUGUCCUUGUCGGGCUCUUUCGACUUUGCAAGAUGGAGCCAGCAUUCGCAGGCGAGCGAGCAGCCAGUCGAGACCACCAACGAUUCUACUGAGCUGGAGAAGCCAAGCUGCGUCCCUAAGGUCCUCAUACAGUCCAUUUUUCUCGGCGCGCGCAUUGCGGACAGCGAUGGCCUGCAGUCUGGGCCGCAGAUCGGAGUAGGAAGCUCUAUGAUUGUUCACGAGGGCUUUCUUGACGGAGAGAAAGUGGCUAUCAAGAAAUGGAAGCCACAGAGGAUGGGCGGAGAUGGCGAGCAGAGCAGCCUGAAGGCUUUAAGUCUUGAGCUUCGCGUGCUACUUAGCGAUUUCAUCAAACCUCACCCUAACAUUGUCGACCUCCUCGCCGUCUCCUGGAUUGAAGAGACUCAGUCGAACGGAGAAUCCAAGCUCUUGCCUCUCCUCGUCAUGGAGAUUGCCCUCUCAGAAGCAAGAACACUGCAUGACCUUAUCCCGAUCGUUGAUCCGCUCAACUUCGAGCUCAAGGGUUUUCUGAUAUCUGAUAUCCUCAGCGGCUUGGACGCCAUACACCGUGACCGCUUUAUCCAUGGUGAUUUGAAGCCGGAGAAUGUUCUCAUAUUCCGCCAGAGCCCUGGGGAUAGGUAUACAGCGAAGCUUGCUGAUUUUGGCUUCUCAGAUGACGUCGAGAAGUGGCCUUUCGGAGUCGAGGGAAAUCCGGCCGGAGGGACAGACUACUGGAACGCGCCGGAAUGCAUUAAUCCAAAUGCCGGCUUGAGAACCUGCCGUCAGCCUUCUCGAGAUCUCUACUCUUUUGGUCUUGUUGCUUGGUAUAUCGUGGCUUCACGAUUGCCAUUUGGUCCCGAUCGUGGUUCUGACUGGGCUGGAGCGUACGAGACGGUGAAUGCGACCAAGAUACUGGAUGGAGCUGCUUCAGAGGCAUCCGAAUUCUUCUGUGCUGCCUCUGGGCGUCUUGGUCUAGAUCUGAAAGCCGGUUGGGGAGAGGCAUUGCACCAAUACCUUGGCGCUUCAGACAAUACGCAGCCGGACAACCCAUACAAUCCGAAUGUCUUCGUUGGCGUUGUGGAUGAGCUAUUAUGGAGGCAGCAUAACCGCCAUGCCGCUCCAGGAUAUACUGCUAACCGCGUGUUCGGCGAGUUGUCGCCAACUAUGACGGCGGCUCUGAGGCGUAGCAUUGUUUCAGAGAUGAAGAAAUCCACGACUCCCAUUUUGGAAUCAGCUCUUCGGUCGCUUGAACUUUAUUCUUCCGGGUAUCCGUCGACAGAAGCUCCCUCUAUGCGCCCUGUCCUUCUGGAAGAGAUGAAGUCAUGGGCGACACGACCGACUGACGACCCCGAAACCAUCAGCAUCCGUUCAAAGGUCUUGGCAAGCAUGCACUACGGGCACGGACAAGACCCGCCCACUGUUUUGAACCCGAAGGCCGAGUGUGAGGUGAUUCUUAGCGGCCUCUGCCUCGAUCUCUACGGAUUCGAAAAACGCUCGGGGAAGCAUGCGUUGAGCGAUAGCUUUCGCCAGCUUUUGGACGAGCUGGUUGGGGUGUUCUUAGAGGAAGCUCAACUCAGGAUUCUCAGGUUGUGGCACUCUGCCUACAGACUCGCGUACGUGGCUCAUGCAAUCCACUGGUCACGAAAUAUUUUGUACUCACGGCCACCUUCCGAUCCCCAGCACGACCCAGAUUGGAACAGGAUUGCUCAAGCCAUCCGACGGGAUGACGUGCGGGUCUUCAGACAACUCCUUGAGAAGAAGGCCUUGCCGGAACAGAUUAGCUUGGACACCGCAAAGGGAACACAGAACCUCAUGUUGUUGGUUAUCGAGCAGCACCUCCCCAACAUCUUAGCGUAUCUCGUCGAGCAGGAGGCCGUCGAUCUCAACCAACCGCUCAUCAUCUGCGAUAACCUGAUGAUGCCUGUCCAGCUUGCCUGUUACCAGGGCAAUCUGGACGCUGCGGCCACUCUGCUUACCUUGGGCGCAGACCCAUGCUCGCUUUUCGAAUUCGGUUUUGUAAAGGAGUGCAUCGACAGUGGAAAAAUGGAGUCCAUAAGCUUUCUUCUCGUGGUAAAAGAGGAGUACGCAGCGCCGCGGUCGAAGCCCUCGCUGAAAUACCGAGACAUCCAGACAUUUGACUUUAGCAAGAAGGAAUAUGACACUGAGAUCGGUCCUAGGACCGCCUCACCUAUCUUUAUUGCUAUUGCCAAGAAUUCCUGGUCAACUUUCGCGGAGCUCGUCAGCAUCGGCGUCGAUAUCAACUCACCGUGCUUCGGUCAAUACAACCCACUGCAGGUGGCGGUGCAAUUCAGACGACCACUGUUCGUAGCCGCGCUGCUCGACGCCGGCGCCGAUCCAAAUGUGCAAACGAUUGGGAUGACACCCCUGCACGACUUCAUCGAAGGGUUCAGCACCACUAGUGGGAAGAUGAAAUGGCUCUAUGGAGAUAUAACCUGGGUUGAUUCGGAGGAGCAGAAGGCGGUCGACGCUGAACGGCAUGAUCAGAUCAUACUAGAACUGCUUCUUCGCCAUCCCAAGACCAAUUUGAACGCAAGAGAUUUGACUGGAAAGACACCGUUUGCGGCAGCUAUGGAGGCGGGCCAGAUAGCCUGGGCUGAGAAGAUUAUCCAGGCUGGUGGCAACCCAAUGUUGACAAUGUUUGAUGGUGAAUCCCCGUUGCACAUCUUAGCUCUGCGAGGAAUGGGAAAGGAGGCCAGGUGGCUGCUAGAAAGAUGGCCAGAUAUGGUCCAUUCCCAGGACUACAGCAAGCGAACGCCGAUUCACAACGCCAUGGAGGCUGGUCGGGACAAAAUGAUCGAGCUCCUUCUAGAAACUGGUUAUGACAUCAUGUCGCAGGAUAGUUUGGGAUACACCAUUUUGCAUCGCACUUUGACUGUUGGCCAGAUCGACACCUUCCACAUGAUCUGGUUGAAGAUCCAGGAACCUGGCAAGGACAAACUCAAGGAUAUCUUGACCAUACAAGACAUCUUUGGGCGGACGCUAGUGCAUCUCUUAGCCGAGGUGUCGGUGAUGCGGAAGGAUGAUUUUCAGCCCUUCAUCGGCUUCGUAGAGAACGAGAUCCUCCGCCUGGUCAACCCGACAGAACACAUCGACCACCGCGGUCUCACGCCUCUACACUUUGCAGCUGCAUCAACCGCCAGAGUGUGCCAAAUGUUCAUCGACGCCGGCUUCGGCAUCGACGCCAAAGACUGUCAUGGCUCGCGUCCCUUCGAUCUCGCCAGCCUAGCAAGCAACGGCGCGACUCUGCCACUUCUCAACCCCCCGGACAACUCUGCGCCCUCCAUCAGACGGACCAGUGAUGACGGCAAUAAUAGCGGGCGCGUUGUCACCAUUCUCAACGACCAUAUCAACAGGGUCUCUCUGGCCCACGCCAAGAGAGCGGAAUUGGCUAUCUCAGAGCUACGACGGGCCGAGUAUGGGGACAUUGCGGUGGUCCUGGUCCAAGCCAUUCAGGUGCAGAGGAUGGGCCUCCUCACGCACGAUGGACUGUUCCUGCCGUAUUGUGUGUUCUGCAAUGCGGUGCCGGUCGAGGUCGAGGGGUUCGGAUGCCCUCUUUUAGCCUGUGUCUUUGCGGCCUUUCAGCUACAGGAGGAGCAAGCUCAAAGGCGGAAUUGGUUCGUCUCCAGGGCCGGCAAGUUGAACGUGAGAUUCUUUAACCGCGUCAAAUCCAGGAAGAAGGCAGGAGAUCCGAGCAAGGUCGAUGACAUGGGCAAGACCCGAGCUACUACAGAUGCUAAGCCACACGACAUGGAAACAAACCUUGCAAAACCCGAUAUUUUAGCUGAGAAUAUUAACAAGGUCCUCUCAGGCGUCUCCGAGUCGUUGAAGACCAUCGUCACGGUGCUGAGCGACCCAGCCAAAAUCGAGAAGGUACAAGAUGGGGGUAGAGUAGAUAGGAUCUGUGCGCUGCUCUCAAACCCAGAUGGAAUAAGACGGCGCGCCCUUAUUAUGUCUGGCGUGUGGGAGUCGGGUCUCAGCGACGAGGCAGUCAAAUACCUUGUCGGGAGACCAGGUAAGGUGUGA